GUUACCUGCCUUAGUUAUUGCUAGUUUCCAACAUGGCGCCUUCCUUUAUAAGACAGUGUUGUCAAGUGCUCCGAUGGCUGCCCGUAGUCUUCAUAGCGGCCGUUGUCGUUUGGUCCUAUUACGCUUACGUUGUUCAGAUGUGUAUUUUUACUGUUGACAGUGUUCUUGAGAAAGUAUUAUAUUUACUCUUCUACCAUCCUUUACUUAUACUGUUUAACUGGUCAUAUAUACAGACCAUCUUCACACCAAAUGGAAAGGUACCCAAAAAUUUCUACCUCAGCCAGCAGGAAGUUGAAGCACUGGAUGCUGAAUUAAGGGAAGAUAAUCAAAGAGCCCUCCUUACACAUUAUGCUAAAAAUUUACCUAUACAAUGUAAAACAAUAUCUGGAGCACCACGAUACUGUGAAAAGUGUAAAUGUAUCAAACCAGAUCGUUGUCAUCAUUGUUCUGUUUGUUCUGUCUGUGUUUUAAAGAUGGAUCACCACUGUCCAUGGGUGAAUAAUUGUGUUGGUUUUUCCAAUUACAAAUUCUUCAUACUCUUCCUUGGUUAUUCUCUACUAUACUGUCUUUAUAUUGCUGCCACCUCUUUGCAGUAUUUUAUAGAAUUUUGGACAGUUAACAGCAAUACUCCUACAGCUGGGAGAUUCCACAUUCUUUUCUUGUUCUUUGUCUCAGUAAUGUUUGGUUGCAGUCUUAUUUCACUAUUUUGCUACCACAUAUUUUUGAUUCUUCGUAACAGAACAACACUUGAGGCGUUCCGAGCUCCUAUUUUCCAAACAGGUCCAGAUAAAGAUGGUUUCAAUAUUGGAAAAAUGAACAAUUUUAUACAAGUUUUUGGUGAUAAUAAAUAUAAAGUAGCUUUGCCAAUUUACACAAGUUGUGGAGAUGGUGUGUCUUACCGCUCUAGAACCUCUACAGGAAGCUGCUAUCAGACUAUGGGCACAAGCGCUGGGUUAUGUCUACCAUCUCAUCUACGUGAAUCUGAAUGUACUCUUGUCAUAGAGCCUAACAACGGAGAUUAUUAUGAUGAUGACCCGCGACCCCUUACUUCAUGAUUAUUUACAGACCGUCCCACCACUACCACCACCACCACCACUGUCUAGGUUACUUUGUAUAUUGUAACCGUGGCAACAACAAAGUUAUCUGUCUUUUCUUUGUUUCUUUGAAGUUUUUUCUUUGUUCAUUUCAUUUGUAUGAAACCCCCUUUUUUUUUUCUUUUUUUUUUACCUUCAAAAUAUUCAUUUAUUUUCAAAUUAUUCUAAUGAAGGAAUGACACAAAACAAAUGACAUUUGAUAAAAUAACUAUAACUUAUCUCCCAAUUCAUUUUUUUUUUUUUUCCUUCUGUUUUGUCAUCUUACUACAUCACACAUAUAUAUACACAUAUGCACACACGCACACGCACACACACAAACCAGCUCCAUCAAUAGCUGGGACCAUAGACUUCAGUUAACAUUCUGAAAUUGCUAAGUGAAAUCAAUGCUGCUUGUUUCUGUAACUACAUCUACACAAACUACAAAACAUUUGAAAUAUUUAAAUUGGAAACAAAAUUAAACAAAAUCAUCCCAUAAGAGGCACUGAAUACUGGAGAAGAACAGUUUAUACAGCCCGAAUUUGUGGCCUUGUUUCAUUCUUUUGAUGCGCCUGAAUCUCACCUCUUGUGUUGUUUUGUCAAAGCUUCGCUAAAUUUAAUUUAUGUGUGUUUGUGCGUGUGUGUGUGUGAAAAUUUAAUGCUUCUUGAAGGACACUACUAUUUCUCAUCCUGUGAUUAAUGUUGACUAACUGCCAAUCUAUAAAGAUGUGUAUAUACAUAUGUACAUAUCCACACACACAUAUAUACACACAUGCUUAUAUACUUAUAUAACAUAUAUGCACAAACAUGUAUUUAUGUAUGUAUAUUUAUACUUGUUCUUUUUGUCUGGGGAGGUGGGUUGUUGUUUUUUUUUUUUGCCUUAUGGGUUCAUGUUAUAUACUUUAAAAAAAUAUCUGUGUAAAAGAAUUCUUAAUUACUUUCCCCAAAUCUGGUUUCUUGUUAAAUGAAGUAAUUAAAUAUAGAAUCCCUGGUUUAUUGCAACAGCAUCAUUGUAGUGGCGGGGCUGGUGUUUGUGUUACUGGUUAAUGUCCCCCUCUGAUUAAAUGACAUUCGCAGUAGUUCAUUAUCAGUUUGUUCAGUUCCUUGCAUCUCAAUUUCUCACUUAUCAUGAAAUAUAUGAAUCUGAUCUUUGAUCUAUAUGGCCUAUUGCCACAUGACAAAUUACCAUAGUGAGACUCAUCCAACCCAUGCUGCCAUGGAGUAAUAGAUGUAAAUUAUAUAUAUAUGUAUAUAUAUUUGUUAUAUCUUCUCUAAGGUUCUUGAAGUCACUCGCCCCCUUGAGUUAUGUGCCAUCAUUGAAACAAAUUGCCAAAUAGCUUUCAUCUUCAGUGAAGGUCACCAACUUUGCCUUCAGUAUUCUCAAGUGAUGUUAAAUAUCACAGUUGAUGAACUGUGAGGUCAAGAUCAUCAACAUUGUCCAGAUUCAGAUAUUUAGGCCCUGUUAAUGUCUUGAUCACAGCUGCUUGGUGGUGAGGUAUUUGACUUGGCUUAAGGAUGUAGUCCAUUACAAUCAUAAAGAGAAAAAAGGGUUAGUGUCUCUAUAAAGGUUACUUGCUGUUAUUGGAAACUCUUUAAAUUGGACUGUUUGUUCUUUGCAUAAGGCUUGAUGGGUUUUCAUGCAUGGUGGUGAUGGUUUGACAAUCUCUUGUGAGACACCAAAGUUUGACAGAACAUAAAACAUGCCCUUUCUGUUGAUAUUAUGAAAUUAUUUAGCAAUUUUGAUUUAUAGACUCAUCCCACCAAUUUUUGCUAUUGUUAUUCAAUACAGUGUAGGCUUUGUUGCUCAUUGCUAUCAUGUUGAGCUGAUCCUUCAGAUGUUCUGUUUUGGAAACUUUUGUAUCUAAAAAGAUGAAGACAAGAUCAUUCAAUUAUAUUGAUGCUUUUGACACACAACAUGAAAAAUGAUUAUUUCUCAAAAACCAGUGAGAGGGUAGUUUCUUGAUAUGGCACGAAAUGCAUCUUGGUUGGAACCACUUGGAGAAAUAGAAUUUUCUCCAACAGACAGCCUCACUACUUGUGAUCCUUCAUAAUCUCUUUGAAGAGGUAAGAUCAGACUUCAUCACUUCUUCCCAUGUCAUCCUCUCUCACAUGUCUCAACCACUUCAGUCUUCUCUCUUACAACAUCUCAUUCCUCUUAUACCUAAUUUUUUUUUUUCUUUGUCAUUUACUCACACUAACAUUUCACAUCCAGCAAAACCUGGUCUCAUUUGUCUCCAAGGUGGCACAAGACUGAAUUGAAGAUAAAUCAUGUAAUGUUGAAAUGUUGAGCUGAUUUACCAGGUAAAUUUGGACAAAACAAGCAAGGAAUAACAGUGUUCAUGAGAUAAGUUAUAUCAAUAGUUCAGUUCAAAUAUUAUUUAUUAUUAUUAUUAUCAACUUGAAUCAAUGAAGACAACCAGUGUUCAUUGGUUGUCUUCAUGCCAAUAAUAUCAGCCAAUUCAUGCUCCGUUAUCAUAAAAGAAGGAAGGACACAUUAGAUAAUGUAUUCAUAGAUAUACGUUGUCUGCAAAAAGUUGAAGGCAGAAUGUUGAAAGUGGAAAGAGAGCAUGGUCAUAAGUGAUUAUAGACCAUACAAUCUGGGCUGGUGCUAAAUUACUAAUUUAGAAAUUUUAAAAUAUGAUUUGCACUUGGUAAAAUUAUUAUUUAAUCAAAUUUUUAAGGAAAAUCUAUCAAAAAUACAAAUGUACACGUUUCAUAAUUGUUUGAACAAAAUAUAAACCAACAUUGAUUUCUAUUUAAUUGUUGACUUGAAAGUUACAUAUCUCACACUGCAUAUGUUGUUGUUGUUUAGCGUUGGCUUAUUCAUCUCAUUGAGUACAUUUAUGAAAGCUUUUGACAGUGGAAAUGUUAUUUACCCCUAGCCCUCAUCAAGCAGACCAAUGAAAAUGUUUAAGCCAUGACCUGUUUUUCAUUAGACACAGUAUAUCAUGAACUAUGUUAUUUAAUGUGCCCUUGCAUGUUUUUAAGAUUAUUUGGUGUAAUUUGAGGGAGACUUGGCUGUCAUUUCUAGCAGGUCAGAUGACCACAUAGAGGGUCUUCCAUUGGUUCCUAGAUGCAACUGUGACUUCACAUUUCGAUGCAUCAUUCUUCUCUCUCUUCCCACCUCCUCUGUUUUUGUCAACUUCUUUAUACACUGGUUCCAGGUGAGAUUUAAAAAAAAAUUUAAAUACUUCUAAUAUAGCUUCCUUCACCAAAUUGGGCAUUUUCAUUGGAGCUCCUUCUUCACAUCUUAUCUCUUCUUAAACAAGUUCCGUGAAUUUACUUUAUCUAAAGGAAAUAUAAAAAGGAAAAAAUAUGUUUAUAUUUCUUGUGAGAAACAAAAACCAAGGUCCAUCAAAAUAUUAAGUUGGGAUUGAUGACAACCAGGUCAGAAAGAUUCAUUCAAAUAUAUUUUUACAAAAUCAAUGUGAUAUUACUUUUUACACUAGAUUGACAAAAACUCCCUUCUCUGGUAGCUGAUUCAGUUACAAAAAGGAGUCAAAAAUCCCGAAAUUCUGCUUUGUGUCAAUGUGUGUGUGUCAGUCUGUCUGUGUUCCAUUGUUGUUUAUGAAGAUAAAUUUUCUUUAAAACUAAUGUAAAUUUCACAGUAUUUUGAGGGUUUUGUUGUCUUUUUUUUUUCUUUUUGCUUAUUUUAUGUUGGUAAUACUGAAGCUUCAGUCAUUGUUCCUGGGUUAUCAUAAUGCAAAAGUUCUUUGUGGUCCUCUGCUUACUGGCAAACAUGAAUUCUAUAGCGUCAUAUAUAUAUAUUAAUUUACAGAGACGUAUGUGUGUGUGUGUGUAUAUUAUAUACAUAUGAAUGUAUAUUUAUAUAUAUAUCAUCAUUACUUGCUGGCACGGAUAGCAUGGAUUUAUCAGCUCUGAGGUUUCUAUGGCUGAACAUCUUUCCUAACACUAACCAUGUUACAGUGUGUAGUGGGUGCUUUUGUGGCACCAGCACGAGUGAAGUCAUUGUGCAUCUUGCAUGACUAAGAUCUCCUUUGAGCGGGUGGGGCUACAGUAGAGAGGGACGCAGCUUUAGGUUAGGAAAUGCAGAGUUCAAGUAUGGAAGAAAGAAUCAAAACAGAACAGGUUUCUUGCUGUAGGGAACCUACAUGACUAGUAUGGAGCUGGCAAGAGGGUGGAGUGUCAAAAUAUAAAGUGAGUAGACAUGGUUGGGGACAGAAAAGGGAUUGUGGCUGGGUAGAAGUUGCAAGAGUGUGUGGGUGACUGAAGAAUUGAAUAAUGGAAAUAAGUGAGGGG